ACCGCAUAUCGACUCUGUUCUCCUCUGUCGACUGAAUUCCACGCAACGACAUUGGCGCUUCCAUGAUCAUUGCAUGGCCAUGCUUGCCAUGCCGCCGAUGAUGCUCCUAUACCGUGGGAUCACGAACGACAACGAUGAUGAACAAUUGGAUCACUGGGGGGAUGUUCCGGCUGAACCUCUUUCCAACAGGCGACGUCCGAGUGCAUUCUCAAGUAGGAUCCGAGGACUCCAAGACAGUUUCCUUUUCGCAGCUGACCCGAUUCCGCAUCCGCGAGAUGAUCUACGAGCAGCUGAUUCCAUCGACCCUGUCAGACCUGGUGGGAGGCCCCGUCGCCAACUCGGUCAUCAACCUGUCGAGGGCCGACGAGCUCCUGUCGAUCAAGCGGGCCGGGGCUCCCAAUCCCCAGGCCGACUCGACUCUGAAACCAGCGGGGUCGAUUCCGGGACAGGAGCAGAGCCAGGACUCGACAGACUCGGCCAAACUGGAUUCUCGCGUUCCGCAAAUCCAAUUAACUCGGAGCGUCCGUGAUGGAGGCGGUGGCAACGGCGGGGACGACGACGACGAUUAUGAUAUGGAAGAUUCCAAGCCCGCAGAUCCACAGCAGCAGCAGCAGCAACAACAACAACAGGACUCGUCUGAAUCGGGCCCCCGGAUGCUUCCCGAAAAUCCCGAGAAUCCCGAGACUGCCGGCGGUGACGUUGCCGAUCCCUCAAAGACAAACGAGUUGCCCGAAGCCAACGAAUGUCUCGAGAACGAGCUUGAUUUGCUGCAGGACUGGGUUCCCAUCGACGACAUGUACUAUACUCUGGAAUACGACCACGAAGCACUCGUCAACGACGAGAGGAUCCAGGAGCGAUUACGGAGGGAAGAGUCCGAGGCGCUGCGGGCUGAGCAAUCGCCUGAUGGGAUCACAAAGCAAAAGGACGAGGAUGUCCAUGCCAGCGUCAAGUACUUAUUCGAGGCGAUCAACAAAGUGGUUGCUCCUGCCAAGCUCGUUGAAAUCAAGCAGCUUCUCGCUGAUGCGCGACCGAGCCGGUCGAAAUGGGCGAGCGAGGAUCGUGUUGGGCAAGAAGAGCUCUACGAACACCUCGAGCGCGUGCUGAACGAUUUGAAGAAUAUGACGGAGCACUCGGCUUGCUUCUUGCAGAAAGUCAGCAAGCGUGAGGCACCCAACUAUUUCGAAAUCAUCAAGAACCCCAUGGAUCUGGGCACUAUGACCAAGAAACUCAAGGCACUGCAGUAUUUGAGCAAGAAGGAGUUUGCCGACGACCUGUAUUUGAUCUGGUCCAAUUGUAUGACCUUCAACACCCAGCCAGACAGCAUCUACCGCAAGCACGCUGCGGCCAUGAAGCGCCGCACAACGGAGUUGCUGCGCAAGGUGCCAGACAUCACUGUCCAAGUCCGUGCUCCAGAAGUCGAAGAGUCCGAGUCAGAUGAUGAUAACACCGAAGGACGAGGCGUCAAGGGGUCGCGCAAAGCAUCAGGCUCAAAGGCAACCAGCAAGUCGCGAUCGUCCAAGAAGAAACGAAAGAAUCACCCGCCGCAAAAGAGUGUCAGCGUGUCAGAGACACCUGCUCCCAGCGUCAAAAACGAGGACGAGGAGCCUGCUACCACAGGUCCCGUGCAAGAGUCGGACCAAGGCACUGAACCUCCGAAAGAAGCUGAUGUCGGCGGUAGCAGUGACAUUGCUUCCGCCAAGCCCGACAACGACAUCGAAAAGGAGAGCGAUGCUUCAGUCCCGACAGAGCCCGUGCCUGGCGAAACCGCAGGCGAUGCCCCGCAGCAAGCGCAGCCCGAGCAGGAUGCCGAGGCUCAAGAGGAAAUCGUUGACGAUGGAAGCUUGCAGCUGCAGAGGUUUCGAGAGCGGACGAUGGAAAGCCGGGUCAAAGCAUUGAAACUGCGAGCAGAGCAUCUCGCGCUGCCGUUCCCUGAACGGCCGUUGCUCCGCCGGACACCUGAGGCGAUGGAGCUCUAUGCACUCCGGUUCCGGCGGUAUCUCGGUCGUAACAAUAUCCGCAGGAUCAUGCGCAUUGAUGGCUCCACCUUUUGCGGACAGGAUGGAGUCGCAGUUGACGCGCCUGGGGGAGCUUCGAGCGAGAUCGCCAUCGAUGCCGAGAAGCCGAAUCCCUUCGAGCUGAUGAAAGAGUCGUUCUUCCCCGAGUACGAUUCGAUCUGCGAGAUUCUGCCGCAGCGUGCGAUCCAGUACGUUUUCACUUCCAAGAAGGCAGACGGACUCAAGAUCAGCGACGAGGAGCUCUUUGAGCUCUCAUACGAGAGCGACAUCCAGCCGUUUCUACCCUCGCUGUCAGAGUACCGGCAGUCCAAAUUUGAUACACAGAACAAGCUCUGUCGUCAGGUCAUAGACAACAUCGGCGAUCUCAAGCACAUAAAAUCUGUUCACGAAAAGAUCAAGAUCGGAAUCCGUGAGGAUACCUCUGGCGCGGCUGUGCCCGGUCCUGCACCGGGCGAGACUCGGUUGGAGCUGUUCCAGCCGUCGUGGAAGGAGCAUGAGCUGCCGGCUUUUGUUCUCAACAAACGAUCGAGCGAUGCACUUCUCAAGCAAAUGAUUGGUCGGAUUCUCUUGCAUGCCGGGUUCGAUGCUGCCAGCGCAGUGGCGCUCGCUCUCAUCACCGACGUCGUCUCGCAUUAUCUCUCCAACAUCACCAAGACCCUCCACCUCUACCUGGAGCGCCAGUCCGGCCGUAUGGAGCUCGAUGAGAUUCUGAUGCACACGCUUGUCCAGAAUGGCAUUCCCUCGGCCAACACACUGGAUACCUACAUCAAGAACGACGUCAAGCGAUAUGGCUUCAAGCUAUCGGAGCUGCGGAAGAGACUGGAUCUGGAAUACCGCGAGCUGUCGAUGUACCAAACUGAUCAGGCUGUUGCCGACGAAGACGUGAUCAUCGAGGAGUCGUCCGAGCAGCUGAUUAGCGGAAGUCUCUUUGAAGAAAUGGGAGUGGACCUCCUGAAUCUCAAGGAUGUCGGCGUCGACGCUCUCAGCGUUCCUGUUGAGCUCUGGAACCGCAAGGCAGAGAAGCCCAUCAAGCGAAAGCUGCGCAAGUUCUUUGCCGCACAGGCGCAAGAAUCAGAGGAAAAUCUUUCGAGUCGGCUUGUGCCUAUCCCGCAAUGGGAUCCCAUCGACCCGUCCAAACAUAUCUCGCUCUUGCAAGCCUAUUACUCCAAGCGCGUGUCCGAGGAGGGAAUGGUCGAGGUGAGGCUGAAGCGACCGUGGACAGACGAUCGCGAUCUGGGUGUUGCUGACGGUGCACUAAAGUGCUGAUUCCAACGCCGUUCGGUCGCUCCUCAGGAUGAGUAUCGCCUGACAAAGACCAAGCUGAAGAGCAGGCUGCUCCUCAAAGCAGCCCAACAGGGCCGCAAACGGCAAGGUAAUGCAGACGAUGGCAUCGGCUCCGGUC